GGAAACCGAGGUUCAGGGAGGUCCAGUGACUUGGCCAGCAUUAGAGAGCCUAAGAGUUCUAGAAGUUUACCCCCUGGAACACCUUCCCCCAUUCGGUCCCUCCUCCUGCAGGAAGCCUCCCGGGAAACCCAGCCCAAACUUCCCAUCCUCACAGCUUCCCCACUGGAUCUCCAACCACAUCUGAGCUUCUGCUGUUCUGGAACUCGGGCUCCCUGAAUCUGCUGGAAGAGGCUUCGGCCUUCACUCCGGCCACCACUGGGUUUUGAGAUUCUGCCCAAGGCACCUUGACCUCUGCUUGAACAUUUGUACCCACCGGCAGAGAGGGUGGUCUGGCCAUCCUCCGUUCUAGAGUUUCCUGACACUACCAAGGCGUUUCUUUUCUUGUCUACACCUUCGGCGGGAGAUCGCAAGGGCAGAGAACGGACGGCCAGACAGGAGCCACGCGGAGGAGGCCAAGGCCGCCAGCAAGAGGCUGCAGGGCCGGGUGCAGGGCCUGCUAACGCCCGCCCCCCGCUCGGUGCUGCAGUCCCGAGCCAUGAUGAAGACCCUGUCCAGCGGGAACUGCACGCUCAGCGUGCCCGCCAAGAACUCGUACCGCAUGGUGGUGCUGGGCGCCUCGCGGGUGGGCAAGAGCUCCAUCGUCUCCCGCUUCCUCAACGGCCGCUUCGACGACCAGUACACGCCCACCAUCGAGGACUUCCACCGGAAGGUCUACAACAUCCGAGGCGACAUGUACCAGCUGGACAUCCUGGACACGUCCGGCAACCACCCCUUCCCUGCCAUGCGCAGGCUGUCCAUCCUCACAGGUGACGUCUUCAUCCUGGUGUUCAGCCUGGAUAACCGGGAGUCCUUCGACGAGGUCAAGCGCCUCCAGAAGCAGAUCCUGGAGGUCAAGUCCUGCCUGAAGAACAAGACCAAGGAGGCGGCCGAGCUGCCCAUGGUCAUCUGCGGCAACAAGAACGACCACGGCGAGCUGUGCCGCCAGGUGCCCGCCACCGAGGCCGAGCUGCUGGUGUCCGGGGACGAGAACUGUGCCUACUUCGAGGUGUCGGCCAAGAAGAACACCAACGUGGACGAGAUGUUCUACGUGCUCUUCAGCAUGGCCAAGCUGCCGCACGAGAUGAGCCCCGCCCUGCACCGCAAGAUCUCGGUGCAGUACGGCGACGCCUUCCAUCCCAGGCCCUUCUGCAUGCGCCGCGUCAAGGACAUGGACGCCUACGGCAUGGUCUCGCCCUUUGCCCGCCGCCCCAGCGUCAACAGUGACCUCAAGUACAUCAAGGCCAAGGUCCUUCGGGAGGGCCAGGCCCGCGAGCGGGAUAAAUGCACCAUCCAGUGAGCGGGAGGGACGCCGGGGUGGGGGCCUGGGCGGCGCCUUACGGGAGGUGGCCCCACGUGCCCACUGCCCAUGUCCCCUGCUCUCCCCCUGCCCCCAGUCUCUAGUGGCAGCCACGUUCGAAGGCCUCUGGCCCCAGACCGGGGCACCCCAGCCUCUGACCUCUGUCUUCUGCCUUCUCGCCACUUCCCUCCGAUUCUGCUUUUCCGAGGUGCCCCACCCCCACCCCCGGCGCUUUUAGCUCCUCCUCGAGGAGAGAGGUCACUGCAGGGCUGGGAACAAGGGUGGGAGACAUCCGGACUUGUGCUGGUCCCCAAGUCAGGGCCCUCCUGCCCUGGGGGUCAGAGGAGACACUGAUGCCAGAGGGGCCAGAAACCCUACUUGGAUGGGGCCUCCUGGAACAGACGCGGGUGCAAACGACUCCCGGGGUCUCCCCUGGGCUAGCCGAGACCCCAGACCCUCGCCCUCUCUGCCUCAGCUCUUUGGGCCCCCGCCCCCCAACAUGUCCCCAGUCGCAGAGCGGUGGCGGCUGUGUGUUUGAAGAGGGGUGUGGCCAUGUCUGUCGGACCACGGCCGCCACGUGGACUCCUCUGCCGUCGGUAUCGCGGCUCCCUUGUCCGGGUCGCGGAUCCCCUGUCUGCUGGUGUGUGUUGUCGCUGCCGCUGUCCUGUUGUGUGUAGCUGCAGAAACGGAAAUCAGUGUACUGUAAAAGCUACUGGCGCCUCGCUGGCCAGACCCCCCCCCCCAACGUUAGACCCACGGCCCCCGCUGGGGACACCUUCCUCCCCCUUCCCAGACGGGGUUCCCUUGGCCUGCUGGCUGCUGGACACUGCCCUCGGUAAUGAGCUUCACAGUUUACACUCGCACGGGGCGGGGGUGGGGCAGGCUGGGGCUGCUUCUCCUCCUGCCCCCACUGCGUGGUCCAGGCAGCUGAGUCUCCGGCGGAGGUGACACCUCCCAGCCCCUCUAUGCCCUCCUCUUCACCUCGUUCAGGGCGAGGCUCUGCCUAGAACCACUCCGUCUUCUACUGUGCUCGUUCCUCAAGCAUUUAUUGAGCACCUGCUGGGUGCCGGGUCCACUGUGUGCUAGGAAACAAAGAUGGUGAGCAGUGCACUUUAUGACCCCCAGGCCAGGCCCUUCCCCAGCCUCGGCCUGUUCCCCUUCACCCGCAUGGCCUGCACCCGUCCCUGCCGCCCCUCUGUCUCGUGCCCCUGGAGCUUUGGGUGGGCUGCAGGUGCGGCUGGGAGCCAGAGCAGAGCCCGGAGAGGCAGGUGGGGAAGUCCCUCGUGUCUGGCGUGGACUGCUGUGGACUGGGAGUGACGGGAGUUGGGCCUUCUGACCAAAAGCCUUGUGGUCAGCUCUUAACAAACACGUUUCAUAUCUUAAUCUCCUUUAAAAUAUUGAGAUUUAGGGCUAUGUGGAACCUUAAUGAUCAUCUAGUGAAUCUUUCUGAGGCCCAGAGAGGGUGAGUAACUCACCCCAGCUCACACAGCAAGUCUGUGAGUGCCAGAAGCAGGGCUGAGUCUGGCGGUUUGGCACACGCCCUGAGGUGCCCUCUGUCCCGAUGGUUCCUGGGCCCCUGGGGCCUUCAGAAAAUGGAGGUGUCUUCCUCCACCCUCUCUCAAGAUCAGUCCUUGAGGGCGUCUGUGGAUUCUGUGUAUGCCAUGCCCACGUUUGUCCACGUACAUGCACGUGAACACGAAGAUGUACGUGUGCCCGGCUCCAGUUCUGCACACCUGCCACCUCCACCCCGGCACCUGCCGCUCCAGCCGGCGGCCCUGACCCUGCUUCUGUGCCCUCGCCCGGUCCUGGCCUGAACCCUCCAAGCGGACUGGGUACUGUGGCCAGGACAGGUGUGUGACCUGGUCCCACCCAGCGACGCCCCUGCUGCCCCACAUCUCUGUGACCAAUACCAAUUAAAGUGGGUUUGUUUCUAA